GCCGUGGGAGGUUCCUCCAGUCUGUGCUCUCUGACCGUCGUCAGUAGUCACGGCGUUAGAUUUUUGCGGUUUUUGAUCUGGAAGCCACACAUCCUUAGCUUAAUUUCCACGUAAUCUUCCAGACCCAGCCACCAACAUCAGGGCAGCCUUGUAGGAUGUGUCUGCUUCCCCUUCACCUUACACCUUGAUUGUCAGCUUCCUGAGGCUUCCCCAGCCAUGCUUCCUGUACCGCCUGUGGAACUCAGGUAGGUGGUGAAUCACCAGCACUUAUACUGUAAUUGGACAAUGCACGGAGUAAGGAGUCAAUAAAUCAUCAUCAAAUGAACUACUGGGUGACCAAAUGGAUAUCCAGAAGAGGAGAUCAAAGAAUUGAGGUGCUGUGGUCUCAAUGUUUGUGUCCCUCCAAAAUUCAUAUGUUAAAAUCCUAGGCCCUGAAGUGAUGGUAUUACGUAGGGCCUUUUGGGAGAUGAUUAGUUCAUUAGGUCUCCACCCUUAUAAAAGAUUAGCGCCCUUAUGAAAGAGGCCCAGGGGAGCUUAUUUGCCUUUCCACCAUGUGAUGACACAGCUAGAAGGUACUAUCUAUGAACUAGGAAGCAGGCCCUCACCAGACACUGUAUCUGCUAGCACCUUGAUCUCGGACUUCCAGCCUCAUGAACUGUGAGUAACACAUUUCUACUGUUUCUAAGCCACCCAGUUUGUAGUAUUUUGUUAUAGUGUGUCCGGAAUUGGUAGGUUCUUGGUCUGACUGAUUUCAAGAAUGAAGCCGUGGACCCUCGUGGUGAGUGUUACAGAUCUUAAAGGCGGCGUGUCCGGAGUUUGUUCCUUCUGAUAUUCGGAUGUGUUCGGAGUUUUCUUCCUUCUGGCAGGCUGGUGGUCUCGCUGGCUCAGGAGUGAAGCUGCAGACCUUCGUGGUGAGUGUUACAGCUCUUAAGGCGGCACGUCUGGAGUUGUUCGUUCCUCUCAGUGGGUUUGUGGUCUCGCUGGCUUCAGGAGUGAAGCUGCAGACCUUUGCAGUGAGUGUUACAGCUCAUAAAGGCAGUGAGGACCCAAAGAGUGAGCAGCAGCAGGAUUUAUUGCAAAAAAAAAAAAAAAGCUUCCACAGUGUGGAAGGGGACCCAAUUGGGUUGCCACUGCUGGCUCUGGCAGCCUGCGUUUAUUCUCUUGCCUGGCCCCGCCCACAUCCAGCUGAUUGGUAGAGCCCAGUGGUCUGUUUUGACAGUGCGCUGAUUGGUGUGUUUACAAUCCCUGAGCUAGACACACAGGUUCUCCACGUCCCCACCUGAGUAGCUAGAUACAGAGUGUCGAUUGGUGCAUUCACAAACCCUGAGCAAGACACAGGGUGCUGAUUGAUGUGUUUACAAACCUUGAGCUAGAUACAGAGUGCCGAUUGGUGUAUUUACAAUCCCUUAGCUAGACAUAAAGGUUCUCCACGUCCCCACCAGACUCAGGAGCCCAGCUGGCUUCACCCAGUGGAUCACGCAGUAGGGCUACAGGUGGAGCUGCCUGCCAGUCCGCCGCCGUGCGCCCACACUCCUCAGCCCUUGGGUGGUCGAUGGGACUGGGCGCCGUGGAGCAGCGGGCGGCGCUCGUCGCAGAGGCUUGGGCAUGGCGGGCUGCAGGUCCCUAGCCCUGCCCCGCAGGAAGACAGCUAAGGCCAGGCGAGAAAUUGAGCACAGCAGCUGCUGGCCCAGGUGCUAAGCCCCUCAACUGCCCGGGGCCGGUGGGGCCGGCAGGCGGCUCCCAGUGCGAGGUCCGCGGAGGCCACGCCCACCCCGAACUCACGCUGGCCCGCGAGCACGGCGCGCAGCCCCGGUUCCCAUCUGCACCUCUCCCUCCACAGCUCCCGGCAAGCUGAGGGAGCCAGCUCCGGCCUUGGCCAGCCCAGGAAGGGGCUCCCACAGUGCAGUGGUGGGCUGAAGGGCUCCUCAAGUGCCCCCAAAGUGGGAGCCCAGGCAGAGGAGGCGCCGAGAGCGAGGGAGCGCUGUGAGGACUGCCAGCACGCUGUCACCUCUCAAUAGCAGCCCAAACAGAUUAAGACAUGGGAGAUGUACAAGGGCAGCCGUGGGGCUGGCAACAGCUUCGUAAUCCUGGCUUCCUGCUUUCUGGGUCAAAGCCCUGGUGGUGUGUUCUUGAUCUCGGUCCAUCCAGUGGUGUUGUUUGAUUCCUCCCACCUUGCUGAUCAUUCGUAGUGUAGCCCCCAAGGUGAAAGACAACUUGAGUGGUUAAAUUACCGUCAUGCAAAGCGACUAGAUGGUUCAGCUGAUUGCACCUUUAGAAGUUAUGUGGAACGAGGCAGCAGAUCUUAAGCCCCUUGCUCUGUCACCCAGGCUGGAAUGCAGUGGUGGAAUCAUGGCUCACUACAGCCCUGACCUCCUGGGCCCAGAGAUGGAGUCUCGCUAUUUUGCCCAGGUUGGUCUUGAACACCUGGCUUCAAGCAGUCCUCCUGCUUUUGGCUUCUUGAAGUGCUUGGAUUACAGUAUUUCAGUUUUAUGCUCUGCAACAAGUUUGGCCAUGUUGGAGGACAAUCCAAAGGUCAGCAAGUUGGCUACUGGCGAUUGGAUGCUCACUGUGAAGCCAAAGUCUAUUACUGUGCCCGUGGAAAUCCCCAGCUCCCCUCUGGGUUGACAUUCUCAAACUUCCUGGAUCCUAUCAGAGAAACCUUGUUUAUCAUUUCAUUUCCAAAUUAUGAAGACCAUCUGAGUCUGACUGAAGAUGCUUGUUUCUUCCUCUUCCCUAACACCCUUUCCACCAGUGCGGACUGCAGGUAUGGGCAUAGGGAAGGGUGGGUAAGUAUUAAGUGCUAUGAGCUCCAAGGAAGAAGAAAUUCCAUAUAUACAACCAGAUAGUGCAUGUGUGUGUGAUGCUUAUUUUAUGCCCAUUUAAUUAAUGCCAUGAUCACUAUUCCUUCUAGUAAUUAAUUUGAUUUUCAUUAGUAAUAGAAAGAUAGACCAACUCCUUGAAAUCAGAGAGAGCUUUAAAAAAUGCUCAGCCAGGAGGUGUUAAGUAUUUCACUAAGUGUGAGACUUCUGGCAAAACCCCCAUCUCAGCAUUUGGUUGUUCUCUUUGUUAACAGUUGUUGACAGAGAUACAGGAAUAGAUUUUGACCAGCAAUUCCAUAAGUACUUUACUCUACUGAAAUCCAUUUUUUGAUUUAUAAACUGUGCAUUUAAUGUAAAUAGCACAUUAUUCCCCUCGUCACAGAGUUGAUAUAGUAAUGAUGAAUGUCUAUAAGUGAUAAUUACUCUGCAUUUAGGGUUCUCUGCAUGAUCUCGGCUCACUGCAACCUUAUACAAACCUUAUACAAACAGUUAUAUCUCGAGCUGGCCCUAGGCAAAAUUGUACAAUGGUCUAAUAAAGUAUCUUUUACUUAUAUCUUAUGUUCUGCUGCUGCUUCUUAUAUAUAUACAUAGUGUAGACUCCCAGGAGUGGGAUUUCUGGGUCAAAGGGUAUGUUGAAUUUGUCUUCUGUUAUUGUCAGAUUGCUCUCCAAGAAGACAUUAAUCUAGCAAUGUGUGUACAUUUCUCCUGCAAACCCACCAACAAGAGAUGUUAUCUAUUUUUAGAAUGUUAUGAGUACAAUGCUGUAUAAAGUGAUAUGAUACUGUGUACUUACUUGCAUUUCUAUGACUAUUAGCAAAUUUUAGCAUAUUUUUACUUUUCUUCAAGCCUUGUAUAACUUUUAACCAUUCAAGUUUUUUCUUUUACUAUCUUCCGUUACAUCUACAGCAACCAGCCAUUUUUCUUUAAACACAAAAUUAAUCUAUUUUCCGUAAAUAAAAAACACAUCCACUAUUAGAACAUAUAUUCAUAUUUCUUUGCCACUAUAUCCCUCCAUCACUCACAUCAAUUACAAUUUUGACUAAAGUAAUUAACUUUGAGGUACGUCUACUUUUUCACUUUCUGGAAUUUCUAUAUUCAGAUGCUUGGGGGACUAAUGCUCUAAUGUUCUUUUCA